CGAGUCUUGUGUAUGUUUUAUGUAGUCUUACCAACCACUUAAAUAGCAAAGCCUGUGCAUCAGACUUUUUUUUACGUCAUUUGCCUUGUUGUGUGUGGAGAAAAUGUGUCGCGAAACCAAAUCGUUAAGAUGUACUUUCACGGCACAGUUGUUAACGUCUCUGCUUGCUCACAUGUUCCGGAGAUCAACGGCAUGCAGACGCUGCUCGGAGGCUUCCUGGUUCUGGUCGUCUUCACGGGUGCCUCUGACGCGGACUUGAUCUUUGAAAACUGGCCGGUCGGAUUCACGUGCAACACGAGCGCCCAGUGCCGGAGCCUGUUCCCGGGGAGCCACUGUGCCUACAAUGGCUGCCUCUGCAUCAAGGGGCACUACUACGACUGGAAGAAGAUCGCCUGCGUGCCACGCCUGCUGCUGGGGGAGGCGUGUUCCAACGACAUCGAAUGCAGCUCGCUGCUCAUGUGCAACGGCAACAAAUGCGUCUGCAUGCCCGGCUACAAGCAGGUCAAGGACUGGUGCGAACCGCUUCAAAAACGGGAGGUGAGCUUCGAGGGCUGCAGCCUGCCAUCCAAGCCAACCAGCAGUCAGAGGGACAAGUUUCUGGAGGCAAACGUUGCGAUACCUCCUCUGCAUCAAGUUGCCGCUUUUUGA